AUGGCUGAAGGGGCUCCAAGAGGAAGAGCCCCCUCCCCUGGACCCCAGAUGCUGCUCGUUUUUCCCUGGGAGAGGGAACCCAGCAACCUCCCCAUCCCACCACGAGCUGACACAGUGGGCGUUUGGACCCCUGGUCUAGGCAGCCAUGGCACGCCAGAGGUAGGGGGUGGGGGCAGCUUUUCCAAAGCACGCAGGGCUGUCUUUGUUCGUUACCUGAAUCAAAUUGAGGUCUCUACCUGGAGCUUUGGGCAGUGUGUUUUCCUGAAGGCUGGUUUUACUUUUUUUCCCCUCAUCGGCCUCCAGAGAGUUAAGUUGGCACAGCUCCGGUGGUUCCUGUUUGCCUGCCUGCACCCCACAUAG